AUGUUCGCGAAGUCCAGAGGCAGCAGCACGGCGCCGUGCGACUUGCUUCCCGAUCCGAUACGCAACAUGUACGAGAUCGGCAAGCAGUCCGCCACAGCCGGACCGGAGAACGUCUGGCGCAUAUACGAUGGCUAUCGGAAAAAGGACAGGAUGGAGGUUUCGAUCUUUCUGUUCGACAAACGAUCCGUGGAGAAGCUGCACAAGCCGAAACGCCGGGAAACGGUCACGGACAUCUUGCGCGCGGGCGCCGCUCAAAUGGAGCGGUACUCGCAUCCGAAGCUUCUUCAGGCGUACAAAGUGGAGGAGUGCGCGGACACGUUGGCCUUCGCGUCGGAGCCGGUCCUCGCCAGUUUAGCGAACGUCCUGGCGUACAAGGAGCAAUUGGCAAACACGCUCGCGGCGCAAUCCUCGGGGCCGAUGGGCAAGCAGAACCACCCGCCGACCACCAGCCACCGCUCGACCUUUGUCAAGGAGUACGAGCUGCUCGAACUGGAGGUCAAGUACGGGCUUCUACAGAUCACGGAAGCCCUAUUAUUUCUUCAUGGCAACUGUAAAUUUCUCCAUAGAAACGUUUGCCCGACGAGCAUCAUUAUCACAAAAAGAGGCACGUGGAAGUUAUCGGGAUUCGAGUUUAUCGAAGGUGCCAAGGAAAUACCGAUAACCGUGCAGUCAUGGACGAAGCACAUGCCAAAAAUGACUCAGCCGAAUCUCGAUUAUAUAGCACCAGAGGUGCAGCAGAAAAAACUCGGGAGCUUCUCCAGCGACAUGUACAGCCUAGGGAUGACGAUAUGCGCGAUUUACAAUCAGGGCCGACCACUGAUACAGGCGAAUCACAGCUGCUCGGAUUAUCUCAAGCAACUCGAGACCCUUGACGAUCAAGUUGCCGUUCUUUUGCCACUGAUACCGAUACCACUUCGGGAAGCUGUGACGCGACUUUUGCACAAGGACCCGAAGCAGAGACCGACUGCGCAAGUUUUGACCAUGAUCAAGUUCUUUCAAGACCCAUUCGUGCACGCUCUGCAAUUUCUCGACGUCAGCAAGAUGAAGGACGUGCAUCAGAAGGAGCACUUUUACACGACAACUUUGAGAGAACUUCUGCCGUAUAUGCCAAAGAAACUCUGGUAUCAGCACAUCUGGACAUACCUUCACGCGGAGCUGCAGACGCAGGAAGUGCUGUCGGCCGUGCUGCAGCCCAUGCUGUACAUUGUCCAGAGCAGCACGAAGGAGGAAUACGAACGAAUCGUAUUUCCCACGCUUAAACCUCUCUUCACCAAUCGAAAGUCGAUUCAGGGAACCGUCACCUUGCUGGAGAAUCUGCACAUCAUCCUGGAGAAGACGCCCCAGGAAUACGAACGCGAGGUGCUCUCGAUGCUGUACAUGUCCUUUGAAAAUUCGACCAUUCAAGUGCGGACGGCCGCGUUCGUGGCCGUGGCACAUGUGACGAAUUAUCUCGAAGAUGACGCCAUACGUAACGUGGUGCUGCCGAAACUACUAGACGCCUUCGAAAAUAAUUCGGCGAAUGCUCGGGUACUCAUGGAUGUGGUACCAUGCAUCCUAUGCCGUCUUGAGAAGCAGAAGAUCAUCGAUUGCAUUCUUCCGCUGCUAUGUAAAAUCAAGCUGCAAGAACCCGAGAUCGUCGUGCGGGUUGUAAAUAUUUACAGGUUGAUGCUGACCGACAAGAAAUAUGGGUUAUCAGUGAAUUGGAUGGCGACGCAUGCAAUGCCUUCUCUAUUACCGCAAACCGUGAAUCCGAAGCUGAACCUCGAGCAAUUCAUAUUGCUCCUUGAGGUACUGCAGGAUAUGCUGAAUAACAUUGAGAGAAAUCAGAGGAACAAGCUGACGCUCGACAAUCUCUCUUUACCGAGUCCCGACAAAUCUCGACCCUUGCGACACCAAUAUAGCACCGACAAUGUACACGUGCCGGCGUUUAACAUUCCCAAUUUGCGCAUCGAGCAACGCAAGACCUCGUCGGCCGAGGACAUGGCCAGAAAGAAUAGUAUUGGAUCCAUAUCAACGGCAUCCGCGGAAAAUAUGGCGCGGAAAAGUUCGGUGGCUGCGAUGUUCGGCGGAUGGUUCAAUUCGCCCUCGGCCAACGACAGUAAUUUCCUGCGAGUCGCCAACACGUUCACCAGCAGACGACUGUCGGACAACACCCUGAUGACACCGAAGAUACGGAUAGCGCCGUCCUGCGCGAGCUCGCCAGGCGGGACGCCAGGCACCGGCGGUGGCGGCGGUCUGCCGAUCCGUCGACACUCCAGCACCGGUCCCCAGGAACGACGCGGGUCCAAUAUUAAUUUAUCCCCGCCCACGCGCGGCUCGAGACGGCCAUCCGUGUCCUCGACAUCGUCGCAGCAGGGACUCGGGCUACUGCAGCAGGUUGGCUCCAGCAUGGUAAGACAACUACCCCCCAUCUGCCUGAACCUGAACGGACCACCAACACUCUCUCCAUCACUCCAGCUACCGGGACAGCAUUCCCACUGACCCUCCGUUACAGUUAUCAAUUCUUCAAUAGACAACCCGAAGCGUGAAGCGCCAACG